AGAAGGUGAAUGAAUCUCACAGCUUACUUGUUCUAAGGCUUCCAAUAACGAAAACAGUAAUGAAGAAGAGACUAAGCUUGAAGCAAAUCUUGGUGACUCUCUCCAAACUUGGUGUAUGUUUGUGCGUAAAACAUCUUGAUAGUAACAAAAUUCAAGUUUCUAACACAGAGAUCAAGAACGGAUCUGUAUGUCCCGAGGAUGAAUUGGUGUCUGAAGAGAAGGUUAUGGAAGGAAGAAGGAGAAUCAAAGUGGUGAUAACUAGGAAACAGCUGGAUCGCUUGUUAGCGAAGCAAGUUUCAUUGGAGCAGCUGGCUUUUGUGAAUCAGAGAACCUCUCUCAGUUGUUUUGACGAGAGUAAAUGGAUCCCAAGGCUUGAAUCUAUCCAUGAAUCACCUGAAUUGUAAGAUUUUGGGUUUUAGAUGUUUCUUCAGAUUUUGCAGCUUAUGGUGUUGUUAUAUCGUCUUUAAACGUAUAUUGGUACUAGCUUUUAAAACAUAAUGUAAGUAUCAUAAACUCUUUUUGUAACUUCAGUGUUAUUUAACUGAAAAAGUUACAGAGAAUAUGGGAAACAGAGCAAAAACAGGGGAAACAGAGCUAAAACAGGGAAAACAGAACAAGAAGUGGCAAAAACAUGUUUUCGGUUUAAUCCA